AUGUUCCGUACCUCCAUUGUCGAUGUGUCUUACCGGAGCUGUGGCCACAAGGAUGUCAGUGCCUGUCAUGGCAGCAACCCUCGAACCCACUGGUGGACACCGGUGAUGAGGGAAGCUGUCAGGCUGAAGAAGGAGUCCUAUCGGGCCUUUCUGGCCUACGGGACACCAGAAGCAGCUGAUAGGUAUCGGCAGUCCAAGCAGAUUGCGGCUCGGAUGGUCGCUGAGGCAAAAACUUGGGCAUGGGAGGAGUUCGUAGAGGCCAUGAAAAAAGACUUCCGGAUGGCUUCAAGUGCAAACGUCAAACUGGCGACCAUAGCAGCAAAGAAGAGCAAGAAGGCUGAGGAGGAGGAGCAGCCGGCACCAGCAGCUGCAGAUGCAGCAACGACCGUAGCAGCGGCUGCAGCAGCACCAGCUGCUCCUGCUGCUGCAGCCGCUGCUGAGGAGGAGGAGGAAGAGGAGUAUGUUGUAGAAAAAGUUCUUGACCGUCGGGUGGUGAAAGGCAAAGUAGAGUUCCUGCUAAAGUGGAAGGGGUUCUCCGAUGAGGACAAUACGUGGGAACCAGAGGAGAACUUGGACUGUCCCGACCUUAUUGCAGAGUACAUGCAGAAACACAAAGAGAAGGAGGAGAAAAAGAGAGAGAGCAAGAGGAAAGCAUCCAGCGAGGCUACAGGAGACUUAGAGGAGAGAGCUGGCAAGAAGAGGAAGGAAGAGGGUGAAAAAGCUAGAGGUUUUGGCAGAGGACUGCAACCUGAAAGAAUCAUUGGAGCAACCGACUCCAGUGGAGAGCUGAUGUUCCUCAUGAAGUGGAAAAACUCMGACGAGGCAGACCUUGUUCCUGCUAAGGAGGCUAAUGUGAAAUGUCCCCAAGUGGUGAUCUCCUUCUACGAGGAGCGUCUUACAUGGCACUCCUAUCCAACAGAGGAAGAGGACAAGAAAGARGAGGACAAAAAAGACUAGAGGGAUGACAAGAAGACGUGUUGUACGGGAAGUGUGGCGGUGCAGGGCAGGAAAGCAACUUUAAACCAGUUAAYUGUUCAGGUUACUCUAACAUCUGAUUAGGCAUCAAGUGUGGGACCCAGGAAGGAAGGAAACCCAGGGAAUAUGUUUGUUUUCCUGCCCUGCAAGGAGAUCUGAAGAGGUUCCUACCUGUGUCUGACUGCAUUCAAAGAAACAGGAAGUGCUUUCGAUUUAUUUGACAAAUGCCGUGAAAUGAUAUCAAGGCUUAAAGUUUCACUUUAACCCAUAAAGCUUAAUAACUGUUUGAACGUGAUGGUCAGUUUUAGUUUCUUAUUUUCACAGCACUUCUUAACAACCAGUGGGUUUACAAAAGGACGUGCAUUAAUCAUCUCCAUCGCUUUGUGACAAAACACAGGUGGGAACUUCUUCUGAAGGGGGAGAUGAGUGGACAGAGUCAAACGGUUUAUUUUUUCAGUAUCUCUAUUUGUUCAUACAUACUGUUCAUCUGAACCCAGCUAAGGUUUGGUGUACCUUUUUUACUCMGAAGCAGACAGAGGGUGGAGUCAGCAGGUGGUGGUCAAUGUUCAUUUCCACUUGUCUUAMACCUUCACACACUUGCCCCCACAGUCAGUAUACAGCUGUAUUAUUUUAGCUUACAUUCCUGGCCAACACUCAUAACAGGAGUUUUUUGUUUUGUUUUGUUUUUGUUUUCCUACUUGUUGAGUGUUAACCACAAACCAAUAACUAUUAAUUCAAAGUAGUGAGCUGCGUGGUUCUCUGCCUAAUGCUUGCCAAUGUUGUGUUUAAUGUAGUCCAGUCGUGCGUUUCUAUAUGUAUACUGUAAUAAAGUCAGGGUAGGAGCUUUCUUUGCACAUUUAGGUUGGCUAGAUCAAACUUUUUGUUCUGGUGACUUAAAGAGGGCAUUUUGCUUUUACUUUUCAUAUCGAUGUGAUAUUUUUAAGGCCACUUCUAUUAAAUGUCAUCAAAAGAAUAGCUGGUUUAGCUGUUUUGUACAAAAUCUCAACGGUUUUAAUUGGUUUUAAUGAUGUACUGAUGCGUGUUUUAUCACAGAUGAGCAGAGACAGAUUGGGUCAAGCUCCUGUUGAUAAAUUGGGUUUUAGUUUUGUGUGUUUCACUAUGUUUGUCAGAAUUUUGAAUGUACUGUUUUUUAUGUUCUGACUGAAAGAGUUUGAACUAGAUCCAACCAUGUGUGCUCCGUAGCUUUUCUAGAUCUUUCCUUUCAAUUUAGUGGAUUUGCUUGUAAUUGAUCUGUUGCAUGUUUGAUCAGCUUUAUGAUUUAAACAAUAAAUGUUUUGGGAUUCAUAA